AUGGCUCGACACGAUCUCUCUGCCACAAUUGAUCACUGCGCACAUGAGUUGCGUCGGGUUGGAGACGAGCUUAACUGGAGAUACAAACUGCUGGAAAUACUGAUCAAGAACUACAAGACUGUUACCAAAAUCAAGUGAGACGUGACGUCAAAGCACACGGAAGAGGAAUCGGAUUUUUUCUAAACUGGAUGUAAUACAGAGCCAAAGCUGAAGAGUCUUGGAUACGGACUCAUCACAACUCUCAAGUGGGAAGUGUAAGCUUGUGGAAACCACCUGAUGGAGACGCUGGAUGUGGACUGUCAGUGGACUGGAGCUCUGCAGAGAAAGAAAGCCACAUGUGUGGGAUUCUGUUGAUCCAAAACGAUUCAGACCCACGGGUGACUGGAACCAAAGUGGAACAUCUGGAUGGAAGAUAUCUGCUGUAUGAUGCUGAUUAUCACAUGUACUCUGUACUAUACAUACUUCUGUAUAUAUGAACAUGUUAGGCUCUAUCAGCCUGUCACAUUUACGUUAACUGAAGUAUGAGACUCAGUUACUUUAUAGACUCUUUUUUAAUGGGAAUUAUUUCAUGAGUUGCUGAUUAAAGGUGCAUAUUCAAUAAGUCUUGUAUCUGGUCAUCUGUACUAUAGUGGUGAAUGCUGAUGAAUGUGAGGCUGUGAGCUUUCUUAAAGGAAUAGUUUAACAUUUUAAGAGACUUAUGGGAUGAAUUAUAAUGUGGGAAAUGUUUUGCAUUGCAGACUUCUGGAGUAUGUUGCGAUAUGAGCCAAAACGUUAAAUU